GUUCGCCAACUCUAGCGGCUCUGCAAAUUUAGCAUACAGCAGCAUGUGAGCUUCGAGAGCAGUGCACUACUGAUAUCGCCAUGGACAAUGCCUCGGAAUCAAGCCGGUCGAGCCCCGAUGCCGCUGCCCUCCAAGCCCUCCCGCGAAAGGGAACGCGCACCGACCGACCUUGCGAUGUCUGCCGGAGGCGCAAGUCGCGAUGCGCUAAAGAGCCCGACCAAGACAGAUGCGUGCUUUGCACGUUCCAUGACCGCGAAUGCACUUAUCUCGACGCGCCCCAGCCGAGAAAGAAGAGGGCCGAGUUUGCCGACGACAGGGCGAUAAGUGUAGACGGCCAUGGCGACAGCGAUCCAAGGCCGCCUCUCAAGAAGACCAAGGCGACGCAGACGCCCGAUGACGGCACUCUCGGCCCCCCUAUCGCCUCCUCCUCAGUCCGAUCCCUACUAGACCGCACCUUGGGUUUGCACCGAACAACCCACUUCAAGUACAUUGGCCCCAGCUCCCUGCACGAGGAACGGCUGCUGGAUCUUAUCCAUCGGUUCUACGAGUCAGGAAACGGCGAGGAUGGCUGCAAGUUUCGCCGUGUGGCUGAUGCAACGACAUUUCUGUCUAAAUCUGACCGCCACACGCUCUUCAGCGCCGACGUCGACCAUGAUCUUGACACAGUAGAGCAAAUUGUCCAGCCUCACGGCCCUGGCUUGGUGGACCUGUACUUCCGCACCGUCCAUCCCAGCUACCCCAUCCUCCACAAAGGCGUCUUCAUCGAAAAGUACGCGCGCAGUUACAAGGAAUUCUCCCCACCACUUCUUGCCGCCGUCUAUCUCCUGGCCAUGGAUUGGUGGGAAUUCGAUCUCGAGCUGGCUUCGAAACAGAAACCAGACGCCGAGGCGCUGUUGCGAACCGCCAUGAAAGCCCUGACAGGGGUCAUUCACAGGCCCAAGCUGUCCUCCGUCCAAGCCGGUCUCCUGUUGCUGCAGCGCGCCGGGGGCGAUUCGUGGGUCUUGACCACCCAAGUCGUGGGCAUAGGCGAGGAGCUGGGCCUGCAUCUCGACUGCACGCCCUGGAACAUCCCCGAGUGGGAGAAGGGCCUCCGACGGCGGCUUGCAUGGGCAAUAUACAUGCAGGACAAGUGGGGUGCUCUGAUACACGGCCGGCCCUCUCACGUCACGGCUUCCAACUGGCAGAUGGCCCACGUGUCGCUUGCCGACUUCCCCGAGUCUGCCGCCGACGAGGACGACAAGGAGGGGAGUACCGAGGUCGAGAAGGGCCGCCUGCUCUUUAUCCACCUCACCAAGCUCACCGAGAUUAUGGCUCAGGCUACUGAGAUUCUGUACAGCCCAGACCAGACCAGGAUCCACGAGCUUGUCUCGCGAAGCGGAGUUCAGGGGCUGCUCGAGCUCGUGAAGCCGCUGGCUGUGAGGCUCAAGGAGUGGGCCAAAGACAUGCCGGCAGAUCUGCACAUGGAGGGCGUCCGGACGAGGAAACUGUGUUCGAAUGGAUACCUCCACCUCUCCUACUUUGUGACCGAGAUCAUUAUCCACCGCCACAUCAUCCGCAACUUGACACCGGCCACCCCGCCGCAUCUGCGGGACCUCUGCCGCGAAGCUGGGAAAGCUCGUCUCGAGCGUGCCAUCAAUUUCGUCGAGGCCCUCCGGCCCGAGCAUCUCCAGGCCUUUUGGUGGUUUGCGUCUCCGAAAUCGCUCGCCUUCAUCCGCACGUACGGCGGACUGCUCUGGGCGACGAGUUCCUCCCACGAAGAGGCCGAGUUCUACAGACGGAAACUGGGAGACUUUCGGUGGAGCCUCAAGGUCAGGGCAAAGGGCGUCAGCUUUGUCGCGGUUGCGCUCCAGGAGAUGGACGAAAGCCUUCAGGACAUCGACAUGACGCAGUCACCUGUCGGCCGCACAGCCGAGGCGAGCCGCCCCGAGGCCGUGCUCUUGUCGUCGGCCGUCCCGCCAGCGGCUGACGCCGAGACGCAGACAUCGGAUCUGCAGAUAGCCCUUCACGACUUGUAUCACAGCCACCAGUUCGACUCGGGACAUACCUCGCCGGGCUUCAACAUCCUGGAUCUAGAUGCGGUGUCUUCGCAUGGGUAUUUCUCGGAUGUUGGAGACCAAGGCGUUUUCUAUCCUUAGUCGUGAAAGGCGAUGUUUGUGUUGGGCAGCGCCAACUAAGCAUGUGUGAAACGGAGUGGUUGGAUAAUUGUGGAUGAAAUGGUGCUGCCUAUAAGAACUAUGGGAUGCGGCGUUUGGGCUACUUCAAUCUCUGCACUUCCCCAUGUCCGUAUUAGCGGGCUUCCCUUUCAUCUCUUUAGGGCGGCUGUCUCAUAUGUUCAACUUUCACCACUUGUCAGGGCGUCCUCGAACCGAAGCAUGUUCGAACCUAGAUGGUAAUCGGUGGCUGAGGUACGUUGAUUGCAAGGUGACGAGCUUAGCGACUCUAGAACAAUUACAACCGUAUCUGCACUCAUGGACAGUUUUCCUCUGUUCUGUUUACUCACAACGCCGCUUCGGUCUGGCGACACGGGUCAAAAUAGGGGCACAGUGUCGCUAAACAGUGUGCGGGGUGGCUCGUACUCCCCCGACCCGCCCAACCCCA